GCCUACAGAAUUCAAGCGACGGUGCCGUCCGGUCAGCGCCCUGGGGACCCAUCUACUGGCUCGCCUCAUCCCCAGGUGUUACCGACGAUGCCUUCCAUUUUGCCCCAUGGCGACGCGCCGCCGCAGCAGCCGCCGCCGCCGCCGCCGCCUGUUCUCCCGCCGGCGCCGCCCGCAUUCGACGCUUCGCUGCAGCCGCCAAGCGCCUCCCUGGGUCACGCGCCGCCGAUCGCUUCCCGUGACCAGCCGUCCUCCGCCAUGGACCUCUUGCCCGCUCCGGACCACAUGACGUCAUCGCGCGUCGGGUACCCCGACGCAAUGGAGGUCGACCCUACGGCCCCUCCUGUCUCAUUACGGGCGCAUACACCGCAUGUUGACGUGCACCCUGGACUAGGUUUUCAGGCGUUUCCUAGAUCCCCUCGGACCGAAUGGCCGGGUGCGGGUGGCACAGCCUCGCCUGUUGUUAGGCUCCCCACCUCAUCGCAUACGUCAACAUGGGGUCCUCCCCACGGCGGGCGGAAGCCUUAUCACACGACCGUUCGCCGAUUUGCGGGGGAGGAAUGUGGUGUCACCGCCAGGCACCACACUUGCUAGGUGGUAGCUUAAAUCGGCCGCGGUCCAUUUAGUACAUGUCGGACCCGCGUGUCGCCACUGUGUGAUCGCAGACCUAGCGCCACCACAAGGCAGGUCUCGAGAUACGAUAGAGCACUCGCCCCAGUUGUACGACGACAUUGCUAGCGA